UCACCGUGCGAAUCGUGCGUUCACGAAGUAUAGUGCAGCGUCAGUUCCGAUUUACGAAGUAACCAAGUAACCGGUUUUUUUACUGUGUGAGAUAUAGAUGCAAUCCAAGUGAUAAUUUCCUUUUGAAAAGAUCAUGGAUUCGAAUAAAGCGUCCACCGAUAUCAAGCAAGAGGCAGAAGAGAAUUGUGUGUUUAUAAAGGAAGAAGACGAAGAAGAAGAAGAAGAAGAAGAAACAGAGAAUAAAGAGUCCGGUAACACUAGUGAUGAAUCUUAUACUCCACCAGAUCGAGCAGCUGCAAGUACUUCGAAACAAGAAUUGCCUGAAAGAUCGAAAAUGAAAUACCACGCAGCGUACGACCGAUUUAUGAAAUGGAUUAAAGCAAAGAAGAUUAAAUCAGUAUCGGAGAGUGCUUUAAUGACUUAUUUUCAUGAUCUUGCAAAAGUAAUGAAACCAUCAUCUCUUUGGUCUCAUUACUCGAUGCUAAAAACAACAUUGAAUAGUCUGAAUAAUAUUAAGAUUGAAAAGUAUACAAAGUUAACGGCGUUUUUGAAAAGGCAGGCUACUGGAUUCAAGAGUAAACAAUCAAAAAUCCUAUCUUCAAAUGAUAUUGAAAAAUUUCUUAACGAAGCUCCGGACCACCAAUACUUGGCAACAAAGACCGCUUUAAUUAUUGGAAUAACUGGUGCGUGCAGGCGAGAUGAACUGUACAAUAUUAAAGUUGACGAUGUAAAAGAUUUUAAUUCAAUGUUUUUGGUCACACUUCCAAAAAUGAAAAACAAACUAGUACGCUCGUUCACCAUUGUUGGGGAAUUCUACGCUAUCGUUAAAAAGUACUGCGAUUUGCGGCCAAAAGACACCACCUCACACCAUUUUUUCUUGAACUACCAGAACGGGCGGUGCACCAGGCAGGUAAUUGGGAUUAAUAAAUUUGGUGCUAUGCCGAAGCAGAUAGCAUCCUAUCUACAGUUGCCCGAUCCUAAGGCCUACACUGGACAUAGCUUUCGAAGAACUUCGGCGAAUUUACUUACUGAUUCGGGAGCAAAUGUUACCACACUGAGACGACACACUGGAUGGAAAUCAGCCACAGUUCUCGAAGGCAAAAUUGACGAGUCUUUACAAAAUAAGAAAAUAGUGAGUAAUCUAAUCACUGAAUCGAUCGUUUUAAACUCGUCAAAUUCACGAGAAACUCCUCGCAACGAAUCAAGACCAACAAAUGCGGAUUCCAUCCGGACUGGUACUCCAACAACUGGAAAAUCCUCCGUUUGCGAGGUCGGAGAAAGUUCACCGCCACACUUGGACGAAUAUGCUAAGGACGGGAAGUCAAUAACUCAACCAGUUGCAUUUGUGAACGUCAAUGUUGAUUUAAAUGAAGAAAAUCUUGCGGCUGGUAUACCACCAUUGGUACCAACAGCGUUACCAAUUAUAUUGCCAAAGCCACAGGUUGCGCAGUUGCCACCACGAGAUAAGACUUCAACCGUUCAGAGAGCGAGAAUUCCUGCGCAGACAUUUGUUAAACAGAUCAGAAAUAUCGCCCCAGCAACAGGGUCUUUAAAUCAGCAAGGCCAACAACAGCCAAAGACGUUAGUUUUGAAAACGAUACCACUGAAAGUGAAACAAGUUGCACCGACUACUAUCAAAAUGCCACCUCGACAAAUUGCACCAGGAGUUCCGCAAGCUGCAAUUCCUCAACCAGCUACCGAGGUUUGUCUGAGGUGGAAUAGUUAUCACAGCAACAUGCAGAACAGUUUCCCCUCACUUCUGGAUGCAGAGCACUUCGUCGACGUGACUUUGGCAUGCGAGGGUCGCUCCUUGAAG